GCUGCUUGGUUUCUUUGUUUUCUUGGGUAACGGUGGAAAAAUCAAACUACCAAUCAGUCCCUUCGCUGGUUUCCUCAGAAAAGUCGCCUCCUUUCUGAUCUGAAUCUCACUCCUCGCUCCAAGUUCAACGCACCCACCGAAUAUUUUUCUCCUCCGGUGACUCCACACAUCACGGAAUUGACCCCAAAAUCAGAUCGCUCUUGAACGAAGUUCUAAAUUCGUGAUGGAGUCGGACGAAAAUGGUGUUCGCAUCUUUCCAUGGAUAUAAAAAUGGAGGGUGUUGUCUUUCUCAUUCGUUCUCUACCCCCAAGUCUUGUUUUUUUGUUUUCUCUCCUCUUGUGACUCGUUUUCUGUAUUUUCCUUUCAAUAAUCAAGAAAAGCAUUGAAUUUCACGGCAAGAAGUAGCUGACACUUUGCGUUGCGUCCUCCGUUGCGUGGCGUCCUCCAUCUCUCUACAUUAGAGUUGGAAUUCGCAUGAAGGGCACUCGCACAGAGACAGGGCCCGUCUCGACAUACUCUGAAGGUUUUUCUCAAGAGAUAAGGAAGUUGCGACAUCACGGUGCAGUGUUUGAUUUUUAUAAAGGUUGAGCGGCAGUGACAGUAGUGAUUCAACGAGAGAGAAGAACAUGUCUUCGGCAACUAAGGCUCAUAAAAAGGCAACUGUCGAUGCAGCAGCGUGGAUGUUUAACAUUGUCUCCUCUGUGGGAAUAAUACUCGUUAAUAAAGCUCUGAUGGCUACGUAUGGUUUCAGAUUUGCAACAACUUUAACCGGUCUUCAUUUUGCAACAACAACCAUGUUGACCCUUGUUUUUAGGUGGCUUGGUUAUAUUCAGCCCAUGCAUCUACCUGCGAGUGAGAUCUUGAAAUUUGUUUUGUUCGCCAACUUCUCCAUUGUUGGAAUGAACAUCAGUCUGAUGUGGAAUUCUGUCGGAUUUUACCAGAUUGCAAAGCUGAGUAUGAUACCAGUGUCUUGUUUUCUCGAAGUUGUCUUGGACCAAGUGCGGUAUUCAAGGGAUACAAAGCUCAGCAUUGUAGUCGUUCUCCUUGGGGUGGCGUUUUGUACCGUCACUGAUGUCAGUGUUAACUUCAAGGGCUUUCUAGCUGCCUGCAUAGCAGUCUGGAGCACUGCUUUGCAGCAAUAUUAUGUUCACUUUCUUCAAAGAAAGUAUUCGAUAGGAUCGUUUAACCUACUUGGGCGCACAGCUCCUGUGCAGGCAACUUCUCUGCUUAUAGUAGGACCCUUUUUUGACUACAUGUUUACCGGUGAAAGAGUUGAUGCCUACCACUACUCUACCAUAUCUGUUGCAUUCCUGAUCCUCUCUUGUACCAUUGCAGUGGGUACCAACCUCAGCCAGUUCAUCUGUAUAGGCAGGUUCACAGCCGUGUCUUUCCAAGUGAUUGGGCACAUGAAGACCAUACUUGUCCUGACCUUAGGAUUCAUAUUCUUCGGGAAAGAGGGUCUCAAUGUGCAAGUAAUAUUGGGCAUGGUUGUUGCCGUGAUAGGGAUGAUUUGGUAUGGCAACGCCUCCUCCAAACCAGGAGGAAAGGAACGUAUUAGCUUCUCGAGUCAGAGCAACAAAAUCCAGAAGCCGGAAAGCCUACUAGAGUCCACUGAACAGGAAGAUAAGGUCUAAAGAGGGUUCAAAAGGUUGGUGAGAUGUAUACCAAGAAUUCUCUCUUUCGAGGAGUCGUUAUACUGAGCACACAUCCGAUUUACUGCAAUUGGUGGGUCAAGAUCAUGAGUAACUUGGAAGAAUUCUUAUCAAGAGAAAUAAUGAGAAUAAUUCUUUUCACACGACAGUUCAUUUUCUUGUCGUUAAUUUUUUUUUUUUUUUUAAGUUAUAGAAGCCAUUGAAAUGAGCCAAUCGCAGCCCUAAAUGUUACUCUCAUUUUCUUGUUCACCUUCUACACCGAGCCAUUGCUGUAUCGAAUGAGGUUUGUACAUUGAGCUGCCCUUCCCAUUUUGGUAACUAUCAUAGUGAAUUGUCAAACUCUGAAGAUAGAUCAGGCCGUGCGAGUUGGAGCCUUUUCUUGUUCAACUGGUGUACUUUGUGUAAAAUGACAUAAUAAACCAAAUUCAUC